CGGACGACGUUACUCCUGCGUCGGGGUCUACCAGCACGGCCGAGUCGAGAUCAUCGCCAACGACCAGGGCAACAGGACGACGCCGUCCUACGUGGCGUUCACCGACAACGAGAGGUUCGUCGGCGACGCCGCCAAGAACCAGGCCGCGUUGAAUCCGGUCAACACCGUCUUCGAUGCUAAGCGUUUGAUCGGCAGGAGAUUCAGUGAUCCUUGCGUGCAGAAUGACAUGAAGCUGUGGCCAUUUAUGGUGGUUUCUGGCUCGAAAGACAAGCCGAAGAUUGUUGUGGAGUACAAGGGUGAAGAAAAGCGAUUUUCCGCAGAAGAAAUCUCCUCCAUGGUUCUGAUGAAGAUGCGUGAAAUUGCAGAGACCUAUCUAGGCUCCACCGUCGAGGACGCUGUCAUCACGGUUCCUGCAUACUUCAGCGACUCUCAGCGCCAGGCAACUAAGGAUGCUGGCGCCAUUGCUGGCCUCAAUGUGAAGCGCAUUAUAAAUGAGCCCACCGCUGCUGCCAUUGCUUACGGACUUGAGAAGAAGGAUACGAGCAUUGACGAGAGGAACAUUCUGAUCUUUGACCUGGGUGGUGGCACUUUAGAUGUUUCUUGUCUCGUAAUCGAUGAUAGUAUCUUCCAGGUUAAGGCCACAGCCGGAGACACCCAUCUCGGCGGAGAAGAUUUCGACCAUAGGAUGGUGGACCACUUUGUUCAGAAGUUCAAGAAGAGGUACAAUAGAGACAUCAGCAAGAGCGCCAGAGCUCUUAGGAGGCUGAGGACAUCCUGUGAGAGGGCGAAAAGGGCUCUUUCCUCGGCUUACCAAACAAUGAUCGAGUGCGAUGCCCUCUUUGAGGGCAUCGACUUCUACGCUAAUAUUACUCGAGCCAGGUUCGAAGAGCUUAACAUGGAUCUGUUUCAGAAGUGUAUUGAGCCUGUGGAGAAGUGUUUGAAGGAUGCAAGGAUGGAGAAGAGCUCCAUUCAUGAUGUUGUUCUUGUUGGUGGAUCAACUAGAAUCCUAAAAGUUCAGCAGUUGCUGCAGGAUUUCUUCAACGGCAAGGAGCUCUGCAAGAGCAUUAACCCCGACGAGGCUGUAGCCUACGGAGCUGCCCUUCAAGCCGCGGUGUUGAGCGGGGAGAACGAUGAAAUGGUAGAGGACUUGCUGCUGAUGGAUGUCACCCCAUUAUUGUUUUCGCCAAAAGUUGGUUUUGUUGUCGAAUUCAUUAUAUCUUCGGUCGAUUAUAAUAAAUUCAAA